GCAAAGGGGGCGGAGCCAUGGGAACGGGACUGGAGAAUCGGAGUUAAAAGCGACAGUGAGCGGGACCGGAGGGGCGGGGCAUCAUAUGGGUGGGGCGGGGGGGCCCAGGCGAGGCCCCGGCGGCCAUCUUGAGCCCCGCCUUUUACUUCCGGCUGCGUCUGCUGGUAACUCUGCCGCCGGAGCAUCGUCUACCCUUUGGUUCAAGCAAAAAGCAAUCAACAAUUGGAUAGGAGAAGAAUGGCAUUGAAGCAGAUUUCCAGCAACAAGUGCUUUGGGGGAUUGCAGAAAGUUUUUGAACAUGACAGUGUUGAACUGAGCUGCAAAAUGAAAUUUGCUGUCUACUUACCACCAAAGGCAGAAACUGGAAAGUGCCCUGCGCUGUAUUGGCUCUCAGGUUUAACUUGCACAGAACAAAAUUUUAUAUCAAAAUCUGGUUAUCAUCAAGCUGCUUCAGAACAUGGUCUUGUUGUCAUUGCUCCAGACACCAGCCCUCGUGGCUGCAAUAUUAAAGGAGAAGAUGAGAGCUGGGACUUUGGCACUGGUGCUGGAUUUUAUGUUGAUGCCACCGAAGAUCCUUGGAAAACCAACUACAGAAUGUACUCUUAUGUCACGGAGGAGCUUCCCCAACUCAUAAAUGCCAAUUUUCCAGUGGAUCCCCAAAGGACAUCUAUUUUUGGCCACUCCAUGGGAGGCCAUGGAGCUCUGAUCUGUGCUUUGAAAAAUCCUGGAAAAUACAAAUCUGUGUCAGCAUUUGCUCCAAUUUGCAACCCUGUACUCUGUCCUUGGGGCAAAAAAGCCUUUAGUGGAUAUUUGGGACCAGAUCAAAGUAAAUGGAAGGCAUAUGAUGCUACCCAUCUUGUGAAAUCCUAUCCUGGUUCUCAGCUUGACAUACUAAUCGAUCAAGGAAAAGAUGACCAGUUUCUUUUAGAUGGACAGUUACUCCCUGACAAUUUCAUCGCUGCCUGUACAGAAAAGAAAAUCCCUGUUGUUUUUCGAUUACAAGAGGGUUAUGAUCAUAGCUACUACUUCAUUGCAACCUUUAUUACUGAUCACAUCAGACAUCAUGCCAAAUACCUGAAUGCAUGAAAAACUCCAAAUAAGAGAAUCUCUUCAGGAUUAUAAAAGUUGUAAAAUACAACUGUAUUGCUGAGCAAAAAAAAAUUUCAAAACAUUGGAUUUUAUAAUGCUAAAUUCAUUCUGCAGUUGAAUCACAUCUGAAUAAAGAUAUAAAACCUA